UUCCCGUCUUGCAUUGGAUACUGUUGUCUUGGCCACAUCCCCGAGCCACGUCGCGCUUUACUCGCCAUUUUCCCACCUUCUGAAGCCAGAAUCGGCCUAUUCUAGUGUCACGGUGUCAUUCAGCACUGUCCGGUCAUAAAUUAAUUGCUACCGUAGACGGCCUGAGCUCUUUAUAGAGUCUUAAAUUGGUUCGCUUCUGCCGGAGCUCCAAACAAACAUGAAUCUUUUCAGGCUAACCGGCGAUCUAUCCCACCUAGCAGCCAUCAUCAUCCUGCUGCUAAAAAUAUGGAAAACCAGGUCUUGUGCCGGUAUUUCUGGAAAGAGUCAGGUCCUGUUUGCAUUGGUGUUCACCACUCGUUACCUGGACCUGCUCACCUCCUUCAUCUCUCUCUACAACACCACCAUGAAGAUCAUCUACAUUGGAUGUGCGUACGCCACUGUGUACCUGAUCUACAUUAAGUUCAAGGCAACUUAUGAUGGGAACCACGACACGUUCCGAGUGGAGUUCCUGGUUGUGCCUGUUGGUGGCCUGGCUUUCUUGGUUAACCACGACUUCUCUCCUCUGGAGAUCCUGUGGACAUUCUCCAUCUACUUGGAGUCGGUGGCCAUCCUGCCCCAGCUUUUCAUGAUCAGCAAGACAGGUGAGGCCGAAACCAUCACCACCCACUACCUGUUCUUCCUGGGACUCUACAGAGCCCUCUACCUCAUCAACUGGAUAUGGAGGUUCUACUUUGAAGGAUUCUUUGACAUGAUCGCCAUUGUUGCUGGAGUGGUGCAGACCAUCCUCUACUGUGACUUCUUCUAUUUGUAUGUAACAAAAGUACUGAAAGGAAAGAAGCUGAGUCUGCCAGCCUAAGUGCCAAAGAGGAGUGUUUUGGCAGACUCAAAGCGGGGGAUCGGAGGGGAGGUGGAGUGUUAGUGGACACCUCUAACACCCCCCACCCCACCCCACCCUCCCGCCACCACUUCCUCCUCUUCCCCUCCCGCCAGUGUAAGAUGCCUGAGACAGAGAGCGAGUGGGAGCUGCCGACUGCACCUUCGUCUGAUCCAGAACGAGUGGAAUCAGAACGCCCGCAGAGGCUGAUCCACGGCCCCUCGGAUUUCUGUUUGAUGCAUCUUGCCUUAACUGUUUUUUAUUACUCUGUAUAAAGGAAGGAAAAAAAGCGAGAAAAGUUUUCUACAUAAAAAUGUGUACUCUAAAUAUUUGACACAUUGGUGAAUAAGAGGUGAAGAUAUAAAAUUGCCUGUGAUUUGGCAUUGUAUGAUACUGAAGCGGACUCCUUGUGGUGGGAUAUUAUUGACUCGAGCGUUUGUAAUAGUAUUUGCAAUGGAAAUAAAUGUGCGUUGUUUUUCCUGAAUUAAUUUGGGGAGGAAUUUGUUGAAGCCUCAUAAGUUAGGUGGGCAAGUCAUUCAUGUUUUGCUCAUCUGUUUUUUGACCAGUAUGCAUUCCCAUGUAUAAAGACUCUUUCUUUAAUUUUCCCAUGCCCUUGGUAGGAUAUAAAUCGACGAUAUAUAUGCCGUAAUUUUAACGCCCCCCCCCCCCC